AUGCUUCUCUUAGAUUACCAGAAUGUUUUAAUUGAGUCUCUCCUCACUGAGCGGUUCUCUGGGUAUGCCUCAGCAACCCCGGUCUCCAUUGACCAGGUGGUUUCCGACUUUGACGGAGUGACCUUCCACCUCUCCACCCCCGAGUCCAAGUCCAAGAUUCUCAUCUCAAUCAACGUGAAAUGCUUCAAGGAACUGGUGCAGUACGGAGCCCAGGAGGUGUUGGAGAGAGAAUACGGUCCCUACAUUGUGUCUCCAGAGCCCGGCUAUGACUUCUCAGUACAGAUCGACUUGGAGAAUCUACCCGCUGAGGAGGAGGCCCGGAAUGACCUUAUCAUGAAGCUUGCCCUCCUGAAGCGCAACGCCAUGGCCGCUCCGUUCGAGAGAGCGUUCGACGAAUUCAACAAGCUCGCCGAGGAGGCUUCCCAAUACACAUCGGAGUCCGCGCCCCAAGGAGUCAAGGAGGGAGGCGAAGUUAUGGCUAUCCACUAUCGCGAGGAGGAGGCCAUCUACAUCAAGGCCAACUGGGAUCGAGUCACUGUCAUCUUCAGCACCGUCUUCCGGGAGGAGACUGAUCGGAUCUUCGGCAAGGUCUUCUUGCAGGAAUUCGUCGACGCCCGCCGUCGUGUUUUGACACUACAGAACGCUCCCCAGGUUCUGUUCCGUAAUGACCCUCCCCUGGAGUUGGCAGGUGUGCCUGGUCUGAGCACCAAGGAAGGCGAAGUCAGCUACGUCACCUUCGGUAUGGCUCGAAAUAUCUCCACAUCUAUCUCAGUACUAACUCGUGCAGUUCUGUUCCCCCGACACUUGACCGCCCAGCGUCGUUAUGAGAACAUUUCACACAUCCAGACUUUCCGUGACUACUUCCACUACCACAUUAAAGCCUCAAAGGCCUACAUUCACACUCGAAUGAGAAAGAGGACAGCAGACUUCCUGCAAGUGCUUAACCGAGCCCGACCUGAGAACGAGGAGCGCGAGCGCAAGACCGCCAGUGGUCGCACGUUCCGAGUGCAAGGUUAA